CACUGUUGAUCCACGAUAUCAUUCUCAGGCUACACGGCCGCUGUCUAGAGUUACCUGUGUGAAAGUGACACCUGCAGCUCUCGAUCACGUGAGGACAUGUGACACAGAUACAGGCUCAGGAGAGGUCCACUGCUGCCCUGCAAACAACAUCCUUGAACAGCAGCAUUAGACUCUUCAGGUCAACUGUGGAUCUAUUCAAAACCUGCAUCCAGUAAAUUUACAGGAUUUAUUUUGCAAUAUUAUUUCCACUGUGCUUUCGCUGCAUAAAUCUUUUGCAAGGGCAUUUAUUUCACCAUGACUGUAAAGCAUCUUUUGCUGGAGUACAACAAGCUGAAUGAACGAGGGACCUUCUCGCCAGGGGACGUCCUCUCUGGAAAGGUGACCGUGGUGACCAACAAGGAAACCAAAGUGCAGCGUUUCCUGGUCCGAGCAAAAGGAAAAGCUGAGGUGACGUGGUGCGAACAAGAAGGACAAACCACAGCGGUUCAAAGCGACAAGAGGAAAUACUUUUAUUUCGAACACAUUAUUCUCCAGGAUAAAAACAAGGGAGAUGGUUCAGAAGUCAUCAGCCCUGGGAGAAACGUGUAUCCUUUCACCUUUGUGAUUCCCAACAGGGACAUGCCCUCGUCUUAUGAGGGGAAAUGGGGCAAGAUCACUUAUAGUCUACGAGCGCAGCUGACUCAGUCGAUCUGGCUCGUCCACAAAACCAAGAUGGAGUUUCCUUUCCUCACCAAGUCUGAGUUCCCCUUUGCCUCCAGAUCAGAGACGAUGAUCAUCGGACUCAAGGAGCAGCAAAGUGCGACCACGAUUUCAUUUUACGGCCUUGGAAAGGUGACCAUGAAUGUUAUCUCUGAGAAAAUGGGAGUGAAGCAAGGAGAAGCGAUGGGAGUUUCUGUAGAAGUGCUCAAUGACUCAGCGCGCACAGUCACACCCAAAUUCUACCUCUGUGAGAAGCAGACCUUUGUCGCCCAGUCGAAAAGGACCGUGCACACACACGACGUGCUCUUUGGGACAGGAGACUCUGUCCCGGCCCAGACGAGUCGCGUCGUAACCAAAGUUCUGAGUAUCCCUCCACAGACGCACCCCACAUUCCUCAACUGCUGUCUGAUGAAACUCGAGUACAGAAUCAAGGUCACUCUCGAUGUACCGCUGGCAAGAGACCCGGAGAUCAAACUUCCUCUGGUCGUCCUGCAGGGUUCACUAAAGCCACAUCAACAAAAACCAAAGAGAUCCAUCUGGUUCAGGAAACUUCCUGGUUGAAAAGAAAUUGCGUUGGAUCAGGAGAGGCUGGCACACAUGCUGUAUGACAUGGAGAGGCAGGACUUAGAAUAACAACCCACUAACUCUGCCUGUUCGGUGUAGAUGUCUUUGAGAGAUGUUAAACUACAUCAAACUCCUGAGAAUCUGCUCCAUUUUCUCUUGACCACUAGAUGGAGAUGUGCCUCUUAGUUAUGUGCCAGUAACAGCUGAUUCAUUGAUAUGAGAGGAUUUGAGCACUUUCAUCCAAGUACUGUCACCAAAAUAUACAAAUAUACAAAAAGUAACCUGAGGUAAAAGUCUUGCUUUUUAAACUAUGGUUAGAUAAAAGUAUAGAAGUACUAUCAUCUCAAUAAUAUGUCAUGUCUAAGCACUUAUUCUUAUUUAUUAUUACUAUUAUUAUAUAUUAGAUCAUUAAUAUGAUGCCUUAAUGCAUUUUAAGUCUGUUCAAACAACUUUAUUUAGGUAGUUUGCUUCAAAAGUUCCAGGGUCAGAGAUCUCCAACGACUCAUGAGAUGAUUAAUGAGGUGGGGAAGCAGAAAAAACAAAUCUCUGCUUUUCUGGGGUUUUCUCUAUUCUUUGCUUUUAGUACAACAUUGGAAAAUGUUGAGCCUCAAGCCGUUUGUUAAAUGAAACCAUAUGAGAAGUUUAGAUGGGAAAUAUCUCAGCCAACAA